AUGUCCGCUGAGGAAAAGGGCCUGGCUGAGAAGCCAGCGCCUGAGACUGCUGUUGCCACACCACCAGCACCACCAGCACCACCGGUCUCCAAGAAAUUCUUCGGCUACGUCCGCAUUUUCUUCUCCGCCGACCCAACAUGGACCGACCACCUCCUCCUGCUAAUUGGCACCAUCUCGGCCCUCGCAGCCGGCGUGCCCUUCCCGCUCAUGGGCAUCGUCUUCGGCCAACUAGUCGAUGACAUGAACGGCGCGACGUGCGCGGUCGAGGACGCCAACGCCGACCCCUUCCGGUACGAGCACGACAUCAACGACAAGGUUCUCAUCAUUGUCUACAUCGCCAUUGCCGCCUUCUGCCUCAUCUACAUCUAUGUGCUUUCAUGGAGCUUGAUCAGCCAACGUCUCGCCGCCCGUCUGAGGAACAAGUACGUCUCUGCGCUGCUGCGCCAGCCGCCUGCUUUCUUCGAUACGAGAGCCGCCGGUGGUGAGGUUAGCACAAGGUUGCAUGGCGAUAUGGCGGCUCUGCAGGCGGGUACGUCGGAGAAGGUCGGUGUGCUGCUGGCUAGUAUCAGUUUCUUCAUCACUGCCUACGUCGUGGCUUUCAUCAAGCAGGCGAAGUUGGCUGGUAUCUUGGUUUCCUUGAUCCCGGCUUACCUCGCUAUGGGCCUGGUCGGUGGUGCUUUCUUCCAGAAGUACAUGAUCAAGGCCGCUGGUGCCAUUGCUAGCGCUUCGUCCAUUGCUUCCGAGGCUCUCAAGAACGUCAUUGUCGUUCAAGCUUUUGGUGCCGCGCCUAGACUGGAGGCCAAGUUCGCUGAUCACAUGGCUACGGCUCGUGAUGCCGGUAUCAAGAGAGGCAUGUCAGCUGCUGUUCAGGCUGGUUUGCUGUACUUCAUCGCCUACGCCGGUAACGCUCUUGCUUUCUGGGAGGGUUCGCGCAUGGUUGCUGAUGCCAUGGCUGGCAAGGGCGACGAGACCAUUGGUCAGAUCUACACUGUCAUCUUUAUCUUGGUCGAUGCUUGCGUUGUCCUUGGUAACAUCUCCCCCUUGCUGCCCCUUUUGGGUGGUGCUCAGGCUGCUUUCGACAGACUGAUGAAGGACAUCGAGGAGCCCUCUCCCAUCGACGGUACUUCCGACAAGGGCGUCGUCCUUCCCUUUGAGACUCGCGGCGAGAUCCGCUUCGAGAACGUCUCCUUCUCCUACCCCAGCCGCCCUGAGCAGCUGGUUCUCAAGAACGUCGACUUGACGUUCCCUGCUGGCAAGCACACCGCUAUCGUCGGUUUGUCCGGCAGUGGCAAGUCCACCGUUGCGGCCAUGAUCAGUCGUUUGCAGGAUCCCAACUCCGGCAAGAUCACCAUGGACGGUUAUGAUCUCAAGGAGCUCAACGUCCGUAAUCUGCGCGGUUUCGUCAGCUUGGUCCAACAAGAGCCCUCUCUGCUCGACCGCUCCAUUCUCGAAAACAUUGCCCUCGGUCUCAUCAACUCCCCCAAGCCCGAACACCAGCGUCUCAAGGACAUCCUCCACAGUCCCGAGCUCGCCGACCUAGCCAAGAAGGGCAAGGACUCCAUCAACCCCUCUACCAUCAGCACCUUCAGCCCCCUCGUUCAAGAGAUUGUCCACCUCAUUCAGCACGCCGCCUCCGAGGCCGACGCCGCUAGCUUCGUCGAGCGUCUCGAGAACGGCUACGGCACCCAUGCCGGUCCCUCUGGUUCCAUGGUCAGUGGUGGUCAGCGCCAGCGUGUUGCCCUCGCCAGAGCUUUGAUCCGUGAUCCCAAGAUUCUUCUCCUCGAUGAAGCUACUUCAGCCUUGGACUCUGCCUCUGAGCGUCGUAUCCAGGAAGCCGUCGACCGUGCUGCCAAGAGCAGGACCGUCAUCUCCAUCGCCCAUCGUCUGUCCACCAUUCGCAACGCCGACAAGAUCGUCGUCAUGGAAGCCGGAAAGGUUAUCGAGGAAGGUUCCUACGAUGAGCUCAUGGCCAAGGAAGACGGUGCUUUCGCCAAGAUGGCCAACCUCCAGACUCUGGGUACUGCUCACAAGGCCCAGACCGGUUCGUCUGUCUCCGGCGAGUCUAUCGAGUCUUCCUCUUCUGCCACCGAAACCUCCGUUGAGAAGCCUUCUGUUUCCAAGGUUGCUGUCACUCCUGCCCCUGCUCCCGCUGCCGCCGCGGCCGCCGCUCCUAACGAAGAUGAGAUCGGCAUCGACACCAAGCGUCCCCUGAGCAGCGUCGUCCGCUCGCUCGGCCGUUUCCUCCGUCCCAGUCUCGGCUGGCUCCUACUCGCCAUCUUCGCGGCAGUCAUCGUCGGCGGUACCUUCUCCGGCUCUGGUAUCCUCUUCGGCUUCACCAUCGGCGCUCUCAACCCCUGCAGCAGCACCAUGGACAAGGUCCUCUACUACGGCAAGUUCUUCGGCGGCUUCCUCUUCAUGCUUGCCUGCGUCGAGUUCUUCGCCAACUUCGCCGCUUGGUCGUGCUUCGCUCUCAUCGCCGAGAAGCUCCUCUACGCCAUGCGUGUGCUUUCUUUCCGUUCUCUCAUGGAGCAGGGCGUGCAGUGGCAUCAGUCUGAGGGUCGCAGCCCGUCGUCGCUCUUGACCAUCAUUACCAAGGACAGCGCUUCAGUCGGUGCCUUCUCUGGCUCCACCAUCGGCACCGUCUUCUCCAUCUGCGUCAACUUCAUCGCCGCCAUCAUUCUCUCUCAUAUCUUCGCCUGGAAGAUUGCCAUCGUCUGUCUGUCCAUUGUGCCCAUCCUUUUGGGAACCGGCCUGAUGCAACUGCGCAUGCUGGCCCGCUACGAAGAGCGUCACGCCGAGGCCUUCAACAAAGCCACCUCUGUCGCUGUCGAAGCCGUGCAAACCAUCAAGACUGUCGCCGCCCUCUCUCUCGAGCACGAGGUCCUCGGCUCCUACGAGCGUCUGCUCAAGAACAACCGCGACGAAAUGGUCAAGGCCGCAGCCUUCACCAACAUCUGGCUGGCGCUCGCCAACUCGGUCUCCUUCCUUGUGUACGCCUUUGCCUACUGGUGGGGUUCGCAGCGCAUUAUGCACGGCGAGUACACGCAGCGCGACUUCUUCAUCGUCCUCGUGUCCAUGCUCGUCUCCGCCCAGCUCUGGGGUCAAAUGUUUUCCUUGGCGCCCGAAUUCUCCCGUGCUCGCCUGGCCAUCUCCCGCAUCUUGGGCGUCAUCGGUCUCGGCUCCAACGACCACGUCCACGAUAACACCUCCAGGGCUUCCAAGAAUGUCGACCCCGAAGCCACCGGCGAAUCAUCCAACUUCGUCCACAAGAAGUCCGGCGUUCAGAUCCAAUUCUCCAACGUCUCCUUCGCCUACCCCUCUCGCCCCGACCACCCCGUCCUGGACAACGUCUCCUUCACCAUCCAACCCGGCCAAUUCGUCGGUCUCGUCGGACCUUCCGGCGCCGGCAAGUCUACCAUCAUGAACCUCGUGCAGCGCCUGUACGCGCCCACAGCUGGUUCCAUCACCAUCGACGGCGUGGACCUUUCCUCCCCAACCUCCAACUUCCGUGACUCUGUCGCCCUCGUACCCCAGGAAGCCGCUCUCUUCGAUGGCUCCGUCAAAUUCAACGUCGGUCUCGGCGCGCGGCCAGGUCACGAAGCUUCGGAUGCCGAGAUUGAAGAAGCCUGUCGUUUGGCCUCAAUCCACGACGUCGUCGCCGCCUUGCCCGAGGGCUACGAGACAGAAUGCGGCGCUUCUGCUUCUCGCUUGUCCGGUGGUCAGAGGCAAAGACUCGCUAUUGCGCGCGCCUUGGUGAGGAAGCCGAGGUUGUUGUUGCUGGAUGAGAGUACCAGUGCGCUUGACGCGGCGAGCGAGGCGGCGUUGCAGGAGGGAUUGGAUAAGGUUGCCAAGGACACGACGGUGCUGGCGAUUACACACAGAUUGCAUACCGUGCAGAAGGCGGAUGUGAUCUUUGUUGUUGAGGGUGGUAGGAUUGUGGAUAGUGGCACGCAUCAGGAGUUGAUGGCGAGGAGGGAGAGUUAUCGGAUUAAUGCCAUGCAGCAGAUGUUGCAGUGA